UCAUAAUCUUUUGAGUCAGCUUUGUCAAAUUUUCAAGCAUAGGAAAAAUAUAUACAGUAUUCUUUGUCGAUGAAUACUAUUAAUGUAUUGGCUUAUUGUAUGUGUGUUCCUUUUCUUCAGAUCCCAUGAGCAUCGAAACAAAGUAUUAUCACCUCAGUUGCUGCUCGUCAUUCUUCAGAAUGCUGGACCUGUCUUCCAGACGAACGAAAUGUUCACCACGGCGAUUUGGCAGUAUCUCUGUGUUGCAUUAUCAAGAAAUGGAGUUUCCACUGUUACCAAAGUCUUCGAGCUGUCGUUAGCCAUAUUUCUGGUUCUCAUUCACAAGUUCAAAGUUCAUUUGAAGGCACAGAUUGAAGCCUUGACGCGGAUUUGCUCUGACUCUCAGUGCAUGGUGGACAUCUACGUGAACUAUGAUAGUGAUUUGAGUUCUGCGAAUAUUUUUGAGCGACUAGUCAUUGUUUUGUGCAAGAUUGCGCAAGGAAGGAUGGCUUUGGAACUCGGCGCGACUCCGUCCCAAGAGCAAACGAUCCGUGUGAAAGGUUUGCUAUGUCUUGUUUCCCUUCUCCGGGGAAUGGUGGAAUGGUGCAAAGAUCAAUAUGCUGCAGCACCGCAGAUGCAAUCAAGUUUUGCUGGUGAUUUGCAAGGAAAUACUGCAGUGAAAGAAAAUGGCGUUGAUAAAAUUGACAGUCAAACGGGGCCUUCAUCACUCCACUUUCGUCCAAUUACGAGUUCGGGAAUGAACCCGAGUCCACCCGUGCAGCAUUCAAAGUCAAGUGCAUUAGAUCCGCAGCAUGUUGAAGUUCUGAAGCAGCAAAAGGCCGUUUGGGAAGAA